AUGGCGGCCGCGGCGGAGGAGGCCGCGGGCAGCGGCCGGGGCGCCCCGUGCUCCGCGCGCCGCCGCCUCGACGUCAUCUCCGGCCACCUGCGCGGCCCGGCCUGGGCCCCGGCGCCCGCGCCCAGCCCCUGCAGCGCGCAGGGCCCGCCCGCCGCCUCCAUCCCCAAGAAGCGGCAAGAACUUCUAAAGUGGAAUGGAUGGGGAUAUAAUGACUCCAAAUUCAUAUUCAAUAAGAAAGGUCAAGCAGAAUUCACAGGAAGAAGGUACAGGUUAGGUGGUAUGGUAUUACCAACUUUUAAGGAAUGGAUAGAAAAAACCUUUGGAGCAAGUCUGGAGCACAAAUCUACCUCUAGAGCAACCUUAAAUGUUAAUGAUGUACCUCCAUCCAUCGUAAAUGAAGAAUUCCUUCAGGAUCUUAGAGCCACUAAAAUCUCAUAUUCACAGGAUGCAGAAGAUAGGGUAUUCAGAGCUCAUGGUCACUGCCUACAUGAGAUAUUUGCACUCAGGGAAGGAAUUUUUAAGCGAAUUCCUGAUAUAGUUGUCUGGCCUGUUUGCCAUGAAGAUGUAGUUAAAAUUGUGGAGUUGGCCUGUAAGCACAAUCUCUGCAUAAUACCAUUUGGUGGAGGAACAAGCGUCUCUAGUGCUCUUGAAUGUCCUGAGGAAGAAAAAAGAACAAUUGUCUCCUUGGAUACAUCACAAAUGAAUCGGAUUCUCUGGAUAGAUGAGAAAAACUUGACAGCUUGUGUAGAAGCUGGCAUUGUUGGGCAAGAUUUGGAAAAACAGCUUGCUGAAAGUGGCUUCUGUACAGGCCAUGAACCAGAUUCCAUGGAAUUCAGUUCCCUUGGAGGAUGGGUAGCAACACGAGCAUCAGGCAUGAAAAAAAACAUCUAUGGAAACAUUGAAGAUCUGGUGAUUCAUAUAAAAAUGGUAACUCCUAGAGGGAUCGUAGAAAAAAACUGUCAAGUACCUCGCAUGUCAACAGGACCUGACAUCCACCACUUCAUUAUGGGAUCUGAAGGAACUCUUGGAGUCGUUACUGAAGUUACAAUAAAGAUUCGCCCAGUGCCCGAGUACCAGAAGUAUGGCUCUGUGGUCUUCCCCAACUUUGAAAGAGGGGUGGCCUGCUUAAGGGAAGUGGCAAAGCAGAGAUGUGCUCCUGCCUCAAUUCGCCUUGUGGACAAUGCACAGUUUCAGUUUGGUCAUGCUCUUAAGCCACAAGUUGCUUCCAUUUUUACAUCAUUUUUGGACGGACUGAAAAAAUUCUACAUCACAAAGUUUAAAGGAUUUGAUCCCAACAUGUUGUGUGUAGCCACCUUACUCUUUGAGGGUGACAGAGAGAAGGUUCUUCAACAUGAAAAGCAAGUCUACGAUAUUGCCACCAAGUUUGGUGGCUUGGCAGCUGGAGAAGAUAAUGGACAGAGAGGAUAUAUGCUGACAUUUGUUAUUGCUUACCUUCGGGACCUGGGCCUGGAUUACUAUAUAAUAGGAGAAUCAUUUGAGACAUCUGUUCCUUGGGAUAGGGUUUUAGACCUCUGUAGGAAUGUUAAAGAAAGGAUAGUAAGAGAAUGUAAAGAAAAAGGUGUUCAGUUUGCUCCUUUUUCCACCUGCAGGGUGACGCAGACCUACGAUGCAGGUGCAUGUGUCUACUUCUAUUUUGCCUUUAACUACAGGGGAAUUAGUGAUCCUAUUCAUGUCUAUGAAGAAAUAGAGAGGGCGGCUAGAGAAGAAAUACUUGCUAAUGGAGGAAGUCUGUCACAUCACCAUGGAGUAGGCAAAUUGCGGAAGCGCUGGAUGAAGGAGAGCAUCUCCGAUGUUGGCUUGGGAAUGCUGAGAUCUGUUAAAGAAUAUGUGGACCCCAAUAACAUCUUUGGAAACAAAAACCUUUUAUAAAGCCCCAUGCUGUAUGAUAUACUAAAACUUAAAAAUUGCCGUUGAAAUUCUUGAAAUUCCUUCAUUUUCAUUGUAUUGAUAUCCCAGUAAUCAAAUAUAACAUAGACUAAGCUUUAAGACUACAAUAUUAAUUACUUUGUCUUUUCCCUUCCACUAAAGUGGAAUGAAUGCUUUCAUUCACUGUUAACGUUUAUGGAUUUUUACUUACUGUGCUCUUAAAUUCUCGAGCAACCCACUGGGCACAUCAAAGUAUAUUGCCAACCAGGAAGUGCAAAUUUGGUUUUCCAGGUUUGGUUGGGCAGCACAGCUGAAAGUAUCUUCCAUGCUGGAUGCAGCCAGCUGUUUGUUGCUAAAGCAUCCCCUGCAAGGAGAACAAAGACUGACAACAGUGUUGUCUGCAGAAGCAGCUGCUCAACCCAGCCGCUUGUCAAAGGAAAUGUGCUAGGAGAGAUGAGAUUACACCAAGGAGUGCUUGUGCUGAAGAAUCAAGUAUGUCGGAGACUUUAACCAGCAGCCCUUUAAAGCACAAAUGCAGGCUUUGAUCAAAAGGGACAACUGUUAAGUCGAGCUCCCCCCGUAGCUCUGCUGAGAAUCUUAAAAUUAGUGUGUUCUGAGUUGUAUUUGCAUUGCUGGGAUAAUCUGCUUAAAUUAAUCCUAGGUAAGUCACUAAGUUUUGUACAAUGAACGUUUCUCACUGUAUGUUGAAAACAGAUUUGUAACAUAAAACUUUGCCUUCAUCUGUACUACCGUCCUUGUGUGUAUGGUUUUGCUCCUGUUUUGUUUUGCAGAUAUGCAAAAUACCCUUUUUUUCAGAGAGAGAAAAAAAAAGGUCUAGUUAUUCAAAUGAAAGUGUUUGCCCAACACUGUCUUUUAAAACAGUCUCAACAGUUUUGCUAAGCUUAAGUGGACAACAUACUGUCAUCCUAAAAGUGAAGUUUUCCAUUUUCAUUUUGUACAGUUUCCUAUGACCUUUAUGAAUUGUUUACUUCACCAGUAGCCACAAAUGUAAUUGUCCAUUUAGCUUUAGGAAAAUUUUUCUUGAGUACAGUAUGAGUAAACAUUUUUACAUUGAAACUUGAAUCUUAAUCAGUUAAUAAACUAGAGGUAUUUGUCAAUACUCAUGAUCCAUUUUUAAGGUGGGUUCUUUUCUUAAAGCAAAUUAUCCAACUUUUUGAUAAAGUAUAUGAUCACAUAGGAUAGAAACAAAAUCCUUUGAGGAUACUGUCUCUAGCCAACUGCUUCACUGCUCUGUAGUGACAGUUUGGGCACCUUUUGUAUUGGUAGUGCCCUUAACAAGGAGAAAAAGAUAAAAUUGCAAUUCUGUUUUUAAACUAUUUUAGGAUACUGUCUAAUUAGUUCUCAGUUUUGGUAAUAUGCCAUAAAAAGUAUAAUACACAUGCUUGAAAAAUAGUGCAUAUCAAACAAACUGUUUAAACUUCAAGUAUGUAAUUAAAAUCAUCUAAAAAUCAUGGACAGUCAAAACAUCACUUUAAAAUGCAUGCAGUUAAGAUACCAAAUCAAAGCCUUUUAUGAUCCACAGGUCAUAAACUAGGAUGUUAAUGUGGUAUUUGUCAUACAGCUAGAUUUAUUUCUAAUGGUCUUUGUUUCAUAACAUUUCAAUAUAAAAAAUUCUUGUCUUCUGCAUUUUUGUUAAUCUUUUGGCCCACAGAGCUCGUAUUUCAGCAGCACCCAAAACAAUAGGUAUCUGUAGUCCGUUUUAGAAAAUCAACUUCUGGCACUGUGGUUAAGUGUUCCUUAUUUGAUAUGUGCACAGCGGCUCUCAGCAAGGCGGACCUGUACACGUUUCUGCAGGAGAUGUCCUCAUUUUGCAUGCCGCACCCCGGUGAUAACUUGGCCACAGCUGGACACUUGCUGCUGACCAGUGUCACUGUGAAAUAGAGACCUUUCUAGGAGCUGGUAAAUAUGAAGGGUAUGUUUAUUUUUAUGUGCCUCAGUGAAAGCAUGGUAUGCUAACAUGAAUUAUCAGUUUUGAAAGAAGUUGUGUAGAUAACCAGAAGCCUUUGUGCAGAAUGACAGCACAAACAGAACUUUAAAAAAAAAAAAAAAAAAAGGUGGUAUAGUUCAGUAAUAUACUUGUCUCUUAAGACAUUAACUUUUUGACUUAAAAGUACUACAUAGUAGUGCUUAAAAGUACUACAUAAAGUGCAACUUCCUAACUCUUUUACUUCCUAACUAUGAUUUCCCCAGCCUUUUCUUAUUGAAGUUACACAGCCAAAACCUCCUUAUGUCCUUUAUUUUCAAUCUCUAAAUAGCCAGUGGCUUCGAAUAUUAUUUAAAAUGCAGUAAAAAAUUUCAUUGCACAUCAGUUGGUCUAUAGGAAAGUGAAGUAACAGCUUGAGUCCUACAGCUACAACACAGGAUAGCCCCAGGGAGAGGAUUAACUGCAAAUGUAAUGGAUAUCUCUUUCUAAUAGCUGCCCUACAGCUGUCUUCCUAAAUAUUUUUCUACCAUAUGAACUGUUUGGAGCUUAGUGAAAUCCCACAGUUGAAAUGCAUAUUUCAUUGGCUGCUUUUAAUUCUUUAAUGAGAAGACAGAAAUAUGUAACAAGUACAGGAGACCUAGAUAUUAAACCAGACCUAGGCACAAAUCAUUACCCCUUUAAAAGAAAUCUUCCCUCUCCUAGCAGUGAAUUAAGUCUUCCACCAUGCUCUUCCUUCUGUUUUCCUUACAGAGGUUGCUCUUCCCAUAACUGCAGCCUGUUCACAGAUGGAGUUUGUUCCAUGUGGAUCAAAAGUGUAUCCUAGCAAAGCAUUUUACCUUUUUAAUUUGAUUGACUGCUUUGGCCAUGUGUGAGAGAAUUUUGUUUAAACUUGCCAUAACUUGCAAUUACAGAGCUGCUGCUGUUCCCUGCUUUGAAGAAAGGUACGGAGUGAAUAUGCUUGACUGCUAAGUGUAUUUACACUGGAGAGAGAGGGACACUUCUAUAAAAGUUGAGGGAAAUGUCAUCAAAGAACAUAUUAAAUUAAGAGAGAAGGGAUCUUAAAGAAAACCAUGCCUCUGACUUUAAUACUGUGGUUAUUACUACUUACAGUAUAUUGGUUAUAUUAGAGAUGUCAUCUUUGCCUUACAGCUGGGAACAGAGGCCAGGCCAAAUAGUUCUUCCAUAGCCAUGUAAGUUAAUUGAAACCAGCCACAGAGGCAGGAAUGUGAGCACUGAAAUCCAGAAAAUAUGAUCUGUUUCUCAGUCUUGAAAAAUGUGUGCUUAUCGAGGCUUCUACUAGUAAAGCCCAACAAUGUUUGUCAUUCUAGUGUGAGAGUAACUGUAAACCAGUUUUAAUGUUAAAAGAUUACCAAACCUUAUGUCAUUAACAAUAAAAAAAAAUGGGCCUAAACCAUCAUGUGUUUUUGUGCUGAAACUGAAAAAUGUGUUCCCCUAAUUAGUCACACUGGUUCAUCUUAAUUUGGUGCAUCUAAGGAAAACCACUAGGAAGGCUUUGGCAUUCAGAGAGAGAAAGGAGAAUGAAUUUGAAAAUGCUUACGAAUAGAACAUUUAUUUUUGCAUUCUAUUUAAGGCAAAAUGGAAAUAUUAAAAAUACUCUAUUUUCAUUGAAGGAAAUGCAAAACCAUACUUGACCUCUGGAUUAUAUGGAUUCAUUGGCCAGUUCAGAGGCUUCUCUUCUCCUGUUUGGGCAGCAAGAGCCACUUUCUACUGCUCAUGGAGAGCUCUCUGUCAGACACAGAAGAGCAUCUUAUCUUAAUUAGCUUUCCCUUGUUCAAAACCUGUUGUAUUAAGUUAUUGCAGCACCUCUGACUUACACAUGGAACAGCAGAAGACUUCUUGAUAGGAAUUAUUUCUUAAAGCGCUGUAAAUCUCUAUUUGAAAGUUUUGUGUGUGCAAAUAUGCACAUUUGAGCAGAAGCAUAUUUCAACUCUCUGUCAUUGCUAUAAAGUUUUUUAUUAUGUCCUUUAAGCUAAAAUGACUGAAAUUGCAUCCUGCUGAAAGGCCUGUUGAAUUGUCUUAUGCUAAUGCAGUUUCAUUAAUGCAUGUCAUUUGAAAACUCUAAAAGGCAGUGUAGGCAGGGGAAGGGAGCUGUAAAGAUAUGCUUUAAUUUGUACAAUUAUAAAUGACAACAUUGCACAGUUAUCCAAAGCCUGUAUGUAAUUUUUAGGAAAAAUUUCCUAAAUUUCCCUCCUUCACAGGAAGGAGAAAAUUACAUGAUAUUUAGGCAUUGUAUUGGUAUGUUUUUUCUGAUUAACAACGUAAAUGUGGUGGUUUUACUUGUUUUUAGAUCUUGMUGCUCUCUAUAGGAAGGAGAUCUUGGGUGAUAUGUAAUAUUACUCUCAGGAUGAAAACCAGGUCGUAUUAAUCUCAUUGAGAAUCUUUUAAGAAAAUCCUGCAUUUUAUAAAAACUUAAAUCUGAAUUAGCAGCUGCAUAGAUACAGUYGCUUGGUUUUAGACCCCAAACUGACUCUGAAUUCUACAUGGCUUUUGAACAAAAAUUGAUGUCUUUCUCUAGGUUAUGGAGACUGUACUUGGCAGGGCAGUGCUUUGUUCRUGUCAGC